UGAUAGCACGUUUCACCUCACUGUUUUAGUAUCUUGUUGGUUUCAGUACGAAAUAGACGUCUAUCGAGGUGGUAAACAAGCUUAUCAGGCUUAUCAGCUGAUAACUAAAUUUUUAAUAUCCUUGUUAGUGUGCAUAACAACAGAGGAGAUAGACAUUGAAAAUGCGUACAACAGAGAAGCCUGGCGAAUUCGAAGCGACGCAGAAGAUGAAAUUCACUAAGACACAAAUGGAGUUCAAUAUGAAAUCUAUAAGGUUUCUAUUGCUAACCAUAACAUCGAUGUUUAUUCUCAAUUGUUGUGGUAGGGACAGCUAUGUGGAUUACAACGGUAUACAAUUCCCAGACAAUAGCACUGUCUUCUACAGGAAGAAUGAUACAGAUAUGUUCUUGAUCGAACUUCCGAGGACCUGCUGCCGGUUAGCUGAGGGACGAUUGUGUAGCGAGAUAUGGAGCAAUGGGUGUAAAAAUGCAGUGGCUAGAAGUCUUUUACAUAAUUCUAAUCGUAUCGGUACCUUAGGAGUGGCAGCUGCGUUUGUUCAGCUCCUAGGCACAAUCUUCGCACUGAACCUAGCUCGUUGGAUUGGCAAAUUUAAAAGCGGAAUGCCGUCCGUGACGUCGAAUACAAACGAUCAGAUCAUUUUGGCUCGUCACGGUGAAACUAAGACGACUAACAAAGAGACGACAGAAGAAAAGUGUAUCGACCCUGAUUCGAGUAUAUCUUAAAUUGUAUUAUCAAUUUUACUAUCUAGUGCAACGCGGGGUUGCAUCGCUGAAUCAAUUUAAUGAAUUUCCUGUCUUAUAACAUACCAUGCAGGUAGGUUUGUAUUAUAUAAUGACAGUUGAGUAUCAUUACACCAAUAUAUUGAGAAAUGGUGAAGACAAAUUUUAUUUUAAAUUUAUUGAAUAUCACGAUGUAAG